CUUGGCCUAUUAAAAAUUAAAUAAUAUAUCAAAAUAAUAAUACGCUAUCAUUUUCUCUUUCUCUCUCUCUCUCUUUUUUUUUUCUUUCUUUUGCUUUUCUUUUUCAUUUUUUUUUAAUAAAUAUAUCAUGUCAACAUCAUUGCAAGCUAAAUUAGAUUUGCCUAGAGCACGUCGUCAUACAAGACAAGGAUUAAAGCCUAUUAUAAAAGAUAAAAAGCAACAAACAUCUACUAUUAUAAAUAAAAAGCAAGAUGAAUUGACAGCAAUAGCAAAACAACCCAUAUCCUUGGGAAUUCAUCAAGAACAUUUAACAGAUAUAGACAAACUAUUAAAAGCCUUUGAUCUAAAUUACAUUUAUGGACCCUGUGUUGGUUUAACGAGACUAGACAGAUGGGAAAGAGCUCAAAGACUUUCCUUAAAUCCUCCUAAACUAGUUAAAGAAAUCUUAUUAAAUGAUAAAUCUCAGAAAUAUAAACAUUCUUUAUUCCAUCAAUUUAGAAUGAUUUGAAAUAAAAUAAAAUAAAAUAAACGUAAAAUACCCUUUCCAAU